CCCGAGCUGAGCAGUGUAACAUACUGUACCGAAAGCCGAGUACAACUUUUACAGUUUUCGCAUAAUGACUGGCAACCCUGAUCUGAGGAAAGUGCUUGAAGAACGCAUUGAUACAUUUAGCCGACUAUUCAACGAAAAGAACUGGGAGGCUCUUUACGAUAUGCAUACUCCUGAAUGCAGAUUUAUUCGCGCUGGGAAAGUGUAUUCAGGGUCUACUGAUACAAUAGAAAAAAUGAAGCAGUUGAGAAUGGAAUUCGAUAAAAUGGACGCAACAACAAAGGACGUUGAGGGAAUAUUAGGAGGUGAUAAUGUGUACUGUAGUGUCACAUACAAGAUGAAAAAUGCAGAAUCUCCUGUGUACACCAUCAAAUUAUUAUACAUAUGGAAGCUGGUCGAUGGGUUAUAUAAAGCUGAUAUUGUGUUUGCUUCAAAGCAUAUUCCUUAAUCUUAUGUGCCUCUCGUACAUGUACAUGUACUACCUGGUUAAUAAUUUAAAACAAACAAAUAAAAUGUUUGUGAAAAUAUA